AAUUAUCUUGCUCUUUUCUCAUCGAAAUCUUGUAGAAUAUCCUUCAUAUUCCUUUCUCAAUUUCUUGUUCUUACCCCAAAGCCUUGGUAUCAACGUUUUUAGCCUUAUUGUUCUUCUGUAUAAAAUAAGCCAAAAGAAACACAAAAUCUCCAACCAGAAGGAGCUAAUAAGCAAAGGUCACCCAAAACAAAAUGGCCUCAAAUAAUAAUCUAGCAGUGCUUCAAGCUCUUGACACGGCUCGUACACAAUGGUACCAUGUCAAAGCCAUUGUUAUCGCUGGCAUGGGUUUCUUUACCGAUGCCUACGAUCUCUUUUGCAUCACCGCUGUGUCGAAACUCUUGGGCCGCCUUUACUUCUAUAAUCCUGAUAAACCCAGCACGCCGGGAAAGUUCCAACCUAACAUUAACAACUUGGUUACUGGUGUAGCCUUAUUCGGAACUCUUAGUGGCCAACUAGUCUUUGGAUGGCUCGGGGAUAAACUAGGUCGCAAAAAAGUAUACGGGAUCACUCUCAUCCUCAUGGUGAUUUGUGCCAUUUGCUCAGGUCUGUCAUUUGGUUCCACCUCCGAAUCUGUGAUUGGAACCCUCUGUUUCUUUCGAUUUUGGUUGGGUUUUGGCAUUGGUGGUGACUACCCUCUUUCUGCCACAAUUAUGUCUGAAUAUGCUAAUAAAAAAACCCGUGGGGCCUUCAUAGCCGCCGUUUUUGCAAUGCAAGGUGUGGGGAUUAUAUUUGCUGGGUUAGUUUCCAUGAUUCUUUCAGCAAUCUUUCUUAAGCUCUACAAAAGGCCGUCAUUCAAAGAAGACCCAAUCUUCUCCACCCCACCUCAAGCAGAUUAUCUAUGGCGGAUUGUGCUAAUGUUCGGUGCCUUACCAGCUCUUUUAACGUUUUAUUGGCGGAUGAAGAUGCCCGAAACUGGUCGUUACACUGCUCUUAUUGAAGGAAAUGCCAAACAAGCUGCCGCUGAUAUGGGUCGGGUCCUUGACAUCAAACUCGAAGAGGAAGAAGAUAAGCUUUCCCAGUUCAAGGCAGCAAACCAGUACCCAUUACUAUCCUCUGAGUUCUACAGACGCCAUGGGCUUCAUUUGAUAGGUACUAUGACCACAUGGUUUUUAUUGGAUAUUGCUUUCUACAGUCAAAACCUAACACAAAAGGAUAUUUUCCCUGCUAUGAAUCUCACCAAAAAAGCUGCUGAUGUCAGCGCUCUAGAAGAAGUCUACGAUAACUCACGUGCCAUGUUCAUCGUUGCUUUGCUUGGUACAUUCCCAGGGUACUGGUUCACCGUCCUUUUCAUAGAAAAGAUUGGCCGCUUCACCAUUCAACUAGUUGGCUUCUUCAUGAUGUCUAUAUUUAUGCUGAUUCUUGGCCUCAAAUACCAGUAUCUCAAAGACGAAAAUAAGUCGUUAUUUGCUGUUCUCUACGGGCUAACGUUCUUUUUUGCCAACUUUGGCCCCAACAGUACAACCUUUGUGCUCCCGGCGGAGCUGUUUCCUACCCGGCUGAGGUCCACUUGCCAUGCGCUGAGUGCGGCGUCAGGGAAGGCAGGGGCAAUAAUUGCGGCUUUCGUGGUACAAAAAUUUACAUUGUCCGGGGAAGCUAGCAAAAUCAGGCGUGCCCUCAUCUUUUUGGCCUUUACAAAUAUGUUGGGAUUUUGUUUCACAUUCCUGGUGCCAGAAACCAGAGGUCGGUCUUUAGAGGAAAUUUCAGGCGAAGAUGGUGGUGGCCAGAAUGAGACUCAGAUGGCCGCCAGACGAUCGGUUACUAUGCAAGGAAGCGACCGCUUGGAAGCUAAUUGAAGGGUAAAUUAUUGGCCUUGGAGGAUGAUCAUACAAUUAUACCUAGCUAACUAGUUUGAAGUGUGAUGGAAAAAAAAAAAACCUGUUCAAUAAAAGCGGUGAAAGACAACAGAUUUUUGCCUUUGUUUUUGUAAUUUUGUUUGUUUAGUAAUUUCUGCGUGAUCUAUGAAUAAAAACUGCAACCGUUGCUCUCUAGCCCAUUGUCUAGCAUUGCCAAAGGGUGAUUUCAUUUUUUACCCUUUAUGUAAUGGUAAGCUGUCAACUUAGUUAAAAGCAAAUUAAGUGAUCUAUACAAAAUAAUUUGAUUUAACUUAAUAAAUUUAUUAUCACCGAGUCU